ACAUCUCGUCUGUCAUACGUUACACAGCAUCAUUGUGAUUAUCACUAAGCUCACCUACGAUUGUACGCAACCUUCUUCAGCUGCGGCCCAUUUACGGACUUACAACCCAAGUCUCUUCUACUCUUAAGUACUACCACUACUCCGCCAUGUCUUCUCCUGAGAAGGUUGAGAAAGGCGGAGAGUCGCCUGAAAGAGUCCACAUCCCGGACGUCGAGAAGACCGACUCAACAUGGAACGAUCCCGCUGAUAUCCCAGUUGAGCUGGACAAGCGCAUUACCCGCAAGCUGGACAAACGGCUCAUGCCAUGGCUCUUCGGGCUCUGGCUCCUGGCUUUCAUCGAUCGAAGCAACAUCGGAAACGCUAAGAUCGAUGGGAUGGUGGAAGACCUGCGCCUCGAUUCCAACAAAUUCAACAUCGCCCUCGCCGUUUUUUACGUGCCGUACAUCCUCUGGGAUGUUCCGAGCAACCUUGUCAUCAAGCACUUGAAGGCUGGAUAUUAUCUACCUGGCAUAUUGAUUGCUUGGGGCCUCGUUUCGAUGUGUACUGGGUUCGUCAAGAGCUAUGCUGGGCUUUUGGUCGCGCGCUUCUUCCUCGGCUUGGCUGAGGGCGGCCUGCUCGGCGGUAUGUUGGUGUACCUCGCAAUGUUCUAUCGGCGUCAUCAGAUGCUGUAUCGCAUCACGCUCUUCUACUGUGCAGCCCCUCUCAGUGGCGCUUUCGGCGGCCUCCUUGCAACUGGCCUCGCAAAGAUUCAGACCGGCGGGUACAACGGCUGGCCCUUCAUAUUCUUCGUCGAGGGCGCGAUUACCGCUGUCAUCGGAAUUGCCGUUCUCUUCUUUCUUCCACACACUCCUAGCGAUAUCAAGUUCUUCAACGCAGACGAGAAAAGGGCCUGUAUCGCACGUAUGCGCCUCGACGCCCAUGGUGCAACUGCUGCUUCUACUGUCGAUGAAGAGAGAUUUGACUGGUACUGGGUCCGCCGCGCCCUCCUCAACGUCAACACGAUUGUCUUGUCCAUUGUCUUCUUCGCCAUCAUCACGCCCAUCUACUCUUUCUCCCUCUUCCUGCCCACCAUUAUCCGGUCGAUGGGGUACAGCAGGGUGACCGCGCAGCUGUUUACGGUGCCGCCUAACAUGGGUGCUUUCUUCAUCGUGUUGUUGACGGGGUGGGGGAGCGACAAGUGGCGUAUGCGAGGGCCAUUGAUGUUGGUUGGAUGUACGGUGGCAAUCGUCGGGUACAUCAUGCUCAUCGCGAGCGAGCGAAGUUCGGUGCAGUACGGCGGUACUUUUCUUGUUGCGGCGGGUAUCUUCCCAUGCAGCCCGCUGGUUAUGGGUUGGCUGUCCAACAACCUGGCGCCGCACUACGUGCGGGCGACAGGAACAGGGUUCCAGAUCAUGAUUGCGAAUAUGGCAGCUUUCAUUGCAACGUUCACGUACCUUCCGGAAGAUGCGCCGCGGUAUACUACGGGACACGCGAUCAAUAUCGGCAUGCUCGGUCUAGCGCUCAUAUCGAUUGCAGGAAACAUCUGGUAUUGCAGGUGGGAGAACAAAAAGCGUGCGACUGGGCAAAGAGACUACCGAUUGAGAGAUGAGAAAGAAGAACGGUUGGGAUAUCGCCAUCCGCGUUUCGAGUACACGAUCUGAAGAUCUUGUCAAACUGGCCGUUGCUAUACAUCUUAUCCUGGCUGACAGUUCCUCGGAUAACCCCCAAUGCCUACCAAAACUACCCGAUGAUCCAAUAAUGUCAAUUCCUCGCGAAAGCGCAACGAAAUCAGAUUCUGGAGGCAGAUACAUCAAGCAGUACAGUAUUCGUACAGCCUCUGGGUUUAAAUGCAGUUACCUGGGAAGCUA